AUGGAGAAGUUAGAGAAGGCCCGAGCAGCUUGUCAAGGAUGGCUGUCAAGAGUGUGUGUCAAGAUGGACGGACUCCUAGCCAAGAGCCCCCCAGCAACCUCCAGUGAGUUAGUAGAAGUUCUGGAAGAGUUUGAUAAGAGGCUUAACAAGUUAGAAGAAGUGCAGUCAGAGAUAGAAUUGGAGAUAAGUCCUGAGGCACUAGAGGAGUACUUGGACAAGGCAGAUGCAGUCAGACAGCAAGCCAGGCAGAAGAGAUUGUUGUGUGCUGACAAGCUUAAGAAACUGGCUGAGGGUGAUAAGGACAAGUCGGAUUCUUCAAGUACCACAGCCCCUCUCCAUGCAAAACUUCCCAAGCUAGAACUACCUAGAUUUGACGGUGACCUGAAGCAGUGGCAGAGUUUUUGGGAACAGUUCUCCUCACACAUAGACGACACUGAGCUGCCCACCAUUAGUAAGCUAACCUAUCUACUGUCACUACUAGACGGCACUGCUAAGGACGUGGUGGAAGGAGUGCCGCACACCUGCGCCAGCUACAAGACCGUCGUCGACCUGCUGAAGCAACGGUUUGGCAAGUCGGAGUGCAUCAUCCACGCCCACGUCCAGGCUCUCCUUGAUCUACAAGUUCCGGUCCACCAAGGCAAGACCUACAUCCUACAGCUGUGGAGACUUCGGGACGAGGUGGUCAAGCACACGAGGAGUCUAGAAGCCCAAGGAGUUACAGAUUGUGUGUUUUGUAGUAAGAGAAACCACAAGUCUGAGAAGUGCUACAAGUUUCUGGUGUUGGAUGGGCAGCAGAGGUUUGACAAGAUAAGGGAAUUGGGCCGAAGUAGAGGAGAGUAA